AAUAAUCAUUUGGCAUUGAAUCCUCUCUUUGUUUGUCCACAUUGGAAGAUAUUGUCCGCUAGGAAAUUACAUUCCAGACAAUGUUGUUGUGUCACAGAUUCGGUCACCGGCGUCUCUAGGUUUAAAUAAAUGGGAUCCCCCCCUUUACUGUGACUGUGGAACUGUUCCGCUGGAGGUGAGCAGUGGCUGUCAAUGAUUGAGCGGAGCUCUGAGGGUUGAGUCAUAAGAGAAGCGGUCUGACCUGCUGGGGAAUGUGUCGGGAUCCCUCCCAUCACACCUGGGAGUGCCUCCUCCGUCCAGCGCUUCAUGUACAGCCCCAUCAACCAAUGGAAUUUGCCUGUAGGUUUGUUUAUGUUCCAGCACCAACCAAUCCGAAGGAUGUUCAAAGGUCCAGUCCUAUCGGGGUUAAACAUUCAGCCCUCCUGCCUCCGAUCAGAAAAACCAGACCCAGCUUCCCUCCUCCUCCUCCACCUCCUUCUCCUCCUCCACCUCGUCCUCUAACCCCUUCUGCUCCUCCACCUCCUCCUCCACCUCGUCCUCUAACCCCUUCUGCUCCUCCACCUCCUCCUCCACCUCGUCCUGCUCCUCGUAGCGCCGCAGAGCAGGGCAGCCCUGUGCCUUCUCCUCGGAGGUUCAGAGAGCAGCAUGAGAGGAGCACAGAGGAGAGGAGCGCCGCCGUGAUCCUCUCCGUCGUGAGGAGGAGCACGGCGGAGUGGAGCAAGGAGGAGAGGAGCACGGAGGAGAGGAGGACGGAGGAGAGGAGCAAGGAGGAGAGGAGGACGGAGGAGAGGAGCAGGGAGGGGAGCAGCGAGGCCCUGGGGGGAGGGAGGGCGCCCUCGGCCCCCGCUCUCUCCCCUAGGCCCCGGGCCGCCCUGAAGACCCCCGUCCCAGGCACAAAGCAAGCUCCACCCCUCCCUCCGAGGUCCCUGUGGAUGCGGGGCGCCCCAGAGUACCUGGUGCUGCUGCCCCAGACGGCCCCACUGAGGGCCCCCAGCCCCUCCCGCCCCCCCGCCCCGGACGGAAUAUUGGAUCCGGAUUCUCUGCCAGGAAACCCAAAUGUGAUUCUUGUCAGUUUGGGAAAGCUUCUUUCAGAGGACAGAGUGCACCCCACAGAAGGUGAACCCCUGCUUUGCUCCCAAUGUGGUGCUGGGCUCCUCUCCUGCUAUGACAACAUGGUGAACAGCUGCUCCUUCUGCCGGCCGGCUGGCCCCAGCGCCCCCGCGGCCCCCAGCGCCCCGGGGCCUGCCGGCGUCCCGGACAGCCUCUUCCUGCUGAACCCGGAGGGUCCGCACCUGGACCCCUCCGACGCCCUGCUCAUCUUCUGCAUCGACAUCUCCGGCUCCAUGGGCAUCACCUCCCCUGUCUCAUCGGAUGACAAGACCAUCUACAGAACACGACUGCAGUUUGUCAAGGACGCGGUGCUGCAGUGUGUCCAGAGGCUCUGCUACCAACAACCAGAGCUGCGUGUCGGUCUGAUCACCUUCAACAACCAGGUGACCCUCCAUGGCUACGAGGGGGGCGGGUCCCGUCUCCUGGGUGACGCCGAGCUCAUCGACUCUGAGUACCUGAAGGGGGCCGCCUCGGCCUUCCUGAGCCCGCCUCCGCUCUGCCAGACCAGGGACCGCCUGCAGAGGGCGCUGCUGGGGUUGUCAGAGGGUGGGUCCACAGCUCUGGGACCGGCCGCCCUCCUGGCCAUCGCCAUGGCUUCCAGACAAGCAGGGUCAAAGGUGAUCGUCUGCACGGACGGGAAGGCUAACACGGACCUGGGGAACCUGGAGGUGGAAGACCACGACGCUCACAUCCUGCUGUCCUCCACCAUCUUCUACCAGGACCUGGGGGAGUGGGCAGCCAGCAAGGGCGUGACGGUGUCGGUGCUAUCCAUCGAGGGGACCGACUGCCGUCUGGACGAGCUGGGCCGACUGGCGGACCGCACCGGGGGCAAGGUGCUGAUAGCCAGCCCCCAGAACCUGCACUGGGAGUUUGAGAAGAUCCUUGAGGACCAGGCGAUAGCGACUCACUGCACUGUCACUCUGCUGUUUCCUCAAUCUCUGUGUCUGAGAGGGGAGAGAGAGGCGGAACACAAGGGGACGAGAGAAGUAGGAAACGUGAGCCCACACAUGGAGAUAACCCUUCAGUUUGGUGCAAAGGAACAGGAUCCAGAAAGUGCAGUACCGCUCCUGUCCGCUGGGGAGCGCGUGUCCGUCCAGCUGCAGCUGAGAUACAGACUGAGGGAUGGACGGGAGAUGCUCCGCGUGUUAACCGCUCAGCGGGAAGUGACCCACGACAGCUCCAGCGUCCUCUCCUCGCUGUCUCUGGCCAUCAUCCAGCUCAACUCGUCCCAGGCUGGCGCUGCUCUGGCGGUCAGGGGCCGGUUCCAGGACGCCCGGGCGGAGGGCGACGCCCAGAGGCUGCUGAUGGACAGAGCGCUGCAGCAUAACUGCAGUGCAGAGGAGGAACAAAUCUACGACCAGUGGAAGAAGACCAUGGAGCCCAUUCACGGCAGCAUACACGACUACACUAGGAGGAAAUCUGUGGUUUCCGACUCACAGCCCCUCACAGACAAGGGCGCCGCCCUGCUGUAUGGAAUGAAGCACAGCAAUACAAACUCUAUUUCCCUUCGGGAUAAACAGAGACCUCAGUAAAGUGGGCCGUUCCACUGUCGUUCAUAUAUAUAUAUAUAUAUAUAUAUAUAUACAUUUUAAAGGUAUUAUUGCUUGUGACUGUUAACAACUUACUCUAACCCUAAUGUAUGGUUGAUUCGAUUAAAACUUAUUGAUAACUCCCUGGAGUUUAUUUGGAGUGGAUGUAUGGAGUUCAGUUAUCGGACUCUUAUUGAUAUGGAGUUCAGUUAUCAUACUCUUAUUGAUAAGGAGUUCAGUUAUCGGACACUCGAGGUGGGUGGGUCUAACGGUCGUCCAAGGCCAACUGUCUCAGGCUUCCGGAAGUGUCUUCUCUCCCGAGGCUCGCGAUCAAGGCAGUGCUCCUGGUCGGAGUGGAAGCUGCGUUCCGAUGACCUCGUGCGGUCGGGGGACGCGGCCCUGGGCG